AUGUCUGACGGAAUCCAGCAACAGCCCAGGCAGUACACCGCGGCCCCAGGCACGGAGCUCUUGAUUGAUCAAGAGCACUCGCCCUCGAUCAAUUCCUACCAACAUGUCGCUCAUGGUGACGGGCGGAUCCUUCUGGUCCCACAGCCAUCACUGAAUGACCCCAACGACCCGUUGUUGUGGAGCUCACGGAAGAAGUGGCUUACCUUUGGCAAUGGUCUUUUCUAUUCCUUUAAUGGAGCAGUCACUGGACCCAUGAUGGCCGGAGGAAUGAUCCAGCUCGCCACGUUCUUCAACCGUCCCCUCUCCGAUAUCACAUACAGCAAUGGAGCAACAUUGAUCUGCCAAGGGCUUGGUACUCUACUGUGGAUGUACGUGCAUCUACAAACCCCCAUAGUAAACAAAGCACUAAGUGCCAUUGCAUACGAUAGGCCUAUGGCAGUCAAAUUCGGCCGCCGUCCCGUCUACCUCGCAUCCAAUACCCUCAUGGGGAUCGUAUGUGUCUGGCUGGCUAUCGCCGCCCAGGAGAAUUAUCCCCUGUUCGUAGUGGCCCGGGCCUUCCUCGGGCUCUUCGAAGCUCCAAUUGAGGCCAUCGUCCCCAGUACCGUCGCCGACAUCUUCUACCUGCAUGAACGAGGGGAGAAAAUCUCCCUGUAUGGGCUGUCCGUGCUCGGUGGGAACGAACUCGGUCCUCUGGCUUCUGCAUACAUUAUCCAGUCGCUGAGCAUGCGAUGGGCGUUCUUCAUUACCGCCAUGUCUAUCGGCGUCAGCUUGAUCACGAUGUUUCUCUUCAUGCCCGAAACUAUGUUCAACGGCCCUCGCCCCACGAUUAUGCCCGUCAUUGCUGAAGAAACAAAUGAGAUCCACAAGUCCGAAGACGGGCUAUCUUGCGAGCAUAUUGAGGGAGUUACCUCUAUGAACACGGCGCCAGUGGAGCUGGAAUCGUCGAACAGAAAGAAGAGAUCUUACGCCAACGAGCUCUUCCAGUUCAGUAUCAACCAUCACUCUCAUCUACGGUAUGAGUCUGAGCUGGAACGUGAUUUUGGGAUCUGUCGUCGCCCAACUAUUUUCACCGCCGUAUGUCCAUCCAUCCUAUAUAUAGAAUUCCCAUUGUUCAUGAGUCCAAUAAUUAUCAAUACCUUCGCUCUUCAUAGGCCAUACUUUUUCUCCUCCGGUUCCCAGGGGCUUGUCUUUAUUUCCCCCCUGCUCGGCUCUCUCGUCGGCACAUACCUCGCCGGUCCUCUCGCCGAUCAAAUCGCCACCUGGUUCACGGCCCGGAACCAAGGUGUUCGCGAGCCCGAAAUGCGUCUCCCCACCUGCAUCGUCGCCGCCGUCCUCACUUUCGUGGGCGCCCUGAUAGCCGGCCUCACCUACCACUACCAGACACACUGGGCGGGUCCCAUUGUCGGACUCGGGGUGUUAUCCGCCGGUGCGCAGAUGGGAGCCACCAUCGCUAUCACGUACAGCUUGGAUUGUCACAAGGCGCUGUCGGCGGAAAUCAUGGUCACCAUCUCUUGUCUCAAAUCCAGCGUUGCCUGGAUCUGGACCUGGUGUAUCAACGACUGGAUUACUUCGAGCGGCCUCCUGACCGUGUUUAUUUCCGUGGCGGCCAUUAAUGUGGUGGUUUAUCUGACGACAUUUAUUUUGCACUUGUAUGGGAAGAGGAUCCGGAUUUGGCUCCAUAAGAAAGAUUUUAUGGGCGAGGAGUCAGAAAGCCAGUAA